AACACCGAACCAGUGGUCAAUCGCAGCUCGAGCAGUGCAUCAGGUGAACAACAGCUAAAUCGUCGAAGAGGAGCUAAAAGCCACAAGUGUCAGCAGUGCGACAAAAGCUUUGAUCGUCCAUCUCAUCUCAAUCGACACCAGCUGGUGCACACUGGCAUUAAAGCGCACAAAUGCCCAACAUGCUCCAAAUCAUUUAAGGAGAAGGGUGAUCUCAAGAAACACCAGCUUGUUCACACUGGCAUUAAAGCGCACAAAUGCCCAACAUGCUCCGAAUCGUUUGUGUAUAAGAGUGUUCUCACAACACACCAACUAGUGCACACUGGUAUUAAAGCCUACCAGUGCCCAACAUGCUCCAAGUCAUUUGGGCAGAAGACUACUCUCAAUCGACACCAGCUUGUUCACACUGGCAUUAAAGCGCACAAGUGCAAUAUUUGCUCUAAAACAUUUGGGCGAAAGUCUAAUCUCACUGAACACCAAUCAGUUCACAGCGACUCUCGACCAUUUCAGUGCUCCAUUUGUGAGAAAACGUUCAAAUGGAAAGGUGAUCUCAAAAAACAUCUUCAGCAAGUGCAUCAUUAG